AUGGAGACUCCUCGACAUUUCGACCAAACGAAACAAGAAGAUAAGCCAGCUGCUGCCUGUCGCUUCAUGUUUUUAGAGCUGCCCGCCGAGCUGCGCAACAUGAUCUACCGGUUCACCCUCACCACCAAUCCCACUCGGCUGAUCCAGAAGCACAAGUACAACUGCAGAUACGUCCAAGGUCUUACACCCCGCCCUGGACAAUCGCGUUGUAGGUUCUGCCAGCCCCGAGGAGGAGGAGCCAGCCUCCUCUUGACCAACAGCCAAAUCAACACCGAGGCUGCUUCAAUCUUCUGGGCCGGGAACCACUUCUCCUUCGAUGACUUCGAAUCUUUCAUCCACUUCGUCGGUACGACCCUGCGGCCCGGAUAUCGACGGAUCAUCAGCCAGGUCAGCAUUCACUCGGACUGGGUCGGGAGGCCGAUGAGGCGCAACCUUGCACUAUCAUUCUGGGACGUACUAUACCAAUGCAAGGGCCUCCAUAAGCUGGGAAUGCCACCACUGCGAGUUUACUUCAUGUUUGAUCGGGGGCCUGACUACUCAACACGGAGCGCCUGGCUCAGAAUACUGGACGACGAAGCAAGCAGGACGCAGGAAGAGGCCCAAAGUCUGGAAAACCUGGGAGUUACGAGCACCGGCAUCAGCCUCGUCUAA